AUGGCUGAGACAAGUUCGUCUCCAGAUUCGUCCGAGCCGGCGAGUCCAUUGAACAGUCCCUCGCCGAAGACGGUGUCCCGCGCCGAUCUCCGAGUGAAUUACGAAGGCCUGCCUUUCGAGGGGAAGGUGAUCGCAAUCACCGGCGGUGCGACAGGCAUCGGGUUCGCCAUAGCCAAGUAUCUUGCGUACCGGGGCGCAAAGGUGUCGCUCAUGGAUUGGCGGCCCCUUGAAGACGCCGCCAACUUGAUCUGCGCCACGCUACCACAGACGUGCUGCCGUGGCCGACCAGACAUAACCGUUGAUACGUACCUCGGAGAUGUGGGCGACAGUGCAGCGGUGAAGAAGUGGGUUGCGCACCUGAAGGAGAAGCAUGAGAACAUAGAUGGCUUGGUCAACAAUGCAGGCAUCUGCAAACCUCACACAAUUGAGGAAUCCGAUGGAGACCGCUUCUACGAGACCAUCGAUACCAAUGUGCAGGGCGCCUUGAACUGCACACGCGAGAUGGUGCCUAUCCUCCGUGAUGGCAGCAGCAUCGUCAACGUCUCCAGCAUGCUAGGGCAGCACGGGGCAUUUGGCCUCGCGAACUACUCCAUUGCCAGCCACGGCGUGGAGGCGCUGACGAAGUGCGCAGCAAAGGAAUAUGCCGGCAGAGGGAUCCGUGUCAACACUGUUGCUCCUGGCUUCAUCAAGACUCGUAUGCUUGACAAGAUGAAGGCUGGUGUGAAUAGAGUGCUGAAGAUGACGGACAAGUGGGACGAGGGCAAGAUUCCGGUGAUGCUCAGAAAGUAUGGCGCGCCGGACGACGUCGCUGCGGCCGUCGCGUUUCUGCUUGGGGACGGAAGCAAAUUCAUAAGACCUGAACUCACCUUGGGUUUCCUACCUGGCGGAACAGGCUUCGAUAUCUUCUGGGAUCCACCGGAGGGUUCAUACAAUAUUGACCGCUAUGAAUUGAUCUAUUGGGACCGUGAUACGCCGGGUGCAUUCAUCCAAGGGUAUGGCACCCGAGGGAGAACUACCUCUGUGGAAGGCCUUAACCAAGGCCAUCGAUAUCUGAUCUGGGUCGCCACGUGGACAAACAUCGGUGGUGGCUUGCCAGCAGGUGCGAACGGUAUCGUGGUCGGGGGUGGUACUCCCCCUAUGCCGACCAACCUUCAGGUUUUUACGACGAAUGGGUACACGGUCAAGAUCCCCUGGGAUGGCUCCCCGUGGGCAGCGGGCUACCGUGUGUACACUCGCAACAUCAACAAUGCGACCGAUUACCUCAAGACGGAUGAAUGGAGUAAGGUCACGAGCACAUGCCAUGGCAUCACCUAUCUCUUUCCUGGCGCUUGGAACUACGAGUUCUGCGUCGUCUCGUUCAACGGUGACCUCGAGUCAUCGUUACAUAACUGCGUCACUGCACCUGAGACCGAAACCCCCGAGGCGGGCGAUUGCCCAAUCGAGGAUCCAGGCUCAGAUGAGGGUACAUAUCCAAUUCCGGAUGAUCCCGUUGAUCCGGUUCCAGAACCUGUUGAAAGUCCGCCCGACCCAUCCGCUAAUUGCGCCGCCGUUCCAUCCUUCUUCGCUCUUCCUGGAACUGUAGGCGAAAUUGAUCAUGGCCUGCAAUUCUGCGCAGCGAAAUGGAACGCGGGCGUGUUCCCAAACUUGAUCGAAGCCAGGGCCGACAAGGACGCCCUACGCUAUCUGCGCAUCCGAUAUACCGAUGGAUCCGAGAUCACCCAAGGCGUAGCCGUGGCGGAUGAUGGCCAUAGCCGAUAUGGUACCAUUGAGUGGGAUCCGUGGAAGGAGCACUUCGAUAGAUUCUCGCUUUGGGCGGGUGGUUGGAACAACGGAGUGGGCCGCAUCGUCAUGGAAAUGGCUAAGCACUCCCAAGUCGACGCUGGCAAGUACUGGGACCCUAAUGCCGUACCCGUGGAGAUCCUACCCGACCGUGGUACAGCUGGUCAGGGUAUGCUGCUGGGCUUCUUCGGAGCUGCCGAUGACGCUCUCGAUGCACUUCAGCCAUACUUUUCCAAAAGCGCUCCCGACAAAGUUAUACUGCGAGACUUUGAGUUUACUCCGACUUGGGAGCAGCUGAACUCACGACCCUUUGCGGAUCGAGGUAUGACCGCUAUAUUAGGGCAACAUCUCUUGGAAAAUAAGCGCGAUGAUAAGGAAGUCGUGAUGGGAUUCGAGUCCUACGUGGUUAUAGAAGUUCAGCAUAAAGGAUCUUGGUCCCAUACUGACGCACAUGAGAAAGGUGGCGAGUUUGGCACUACUAUAGGCACUGAGUUGUCCUAUAAAGGUGGAACACCCUUUGCAAGCGCGGAAGGAAAGGACAAAGUCGAAUUCAGCGGGAAGUAUAUUCAAAAGGAUGUCAGAAUGAGUUUAAACAGCGAGGAGGACACGACGGCUAAGAGGAUCCAACAACGGUUUAGAUCGUCGACCACCCUUGGUCCAGGCGAGAAGGUACUAUGCUCCACCGUUGUAAUGCAAAGCAAGCUUAAUCUUCGUUAUACGGCUACGCUCGAGCACAUAUUCAAAGAUACCACAUCUUACACGUAUCCCGUAGCAGGCUCCUUUGACCAAUCCGAAGCGAGCGAUGGUGUGACAGUUUGCCAGGAUAUUCAUGAUGGUGACGCACUUCCUGACUCCUAUGUCACGAUUACCGAAAGCGGUGCGUACUGCGUAGAUGGUAGAAGAGUGGGAGAUCUUGGGAUGUCAGAUGCCGAUUUGCUUGCUGCGUGUGGUCUUGAUCAACUGGACUCCGCCAUCAUCGACAUUGUGACUGUAUGUUGUCUUGACUAG